CUCCGGUUGAGUCUCCGGGAUGCUGAGCGGGCGGGGCCGUUUACCCUCGAGUGAUGUAGCAAGAAGUCCGGGACAGAGCGGACACAUAGGGAGGCAGAGCUCACCUCAGUGCGGCUGUGUGUGUGUGUGUGUGUGUGUUUGUGUGCGUGUGUGUGUUGUUCGAACUGAACUCGUUCAAAUCUGUGGCAGUGUUUUUGUCAGAAGCACAAUGGAUUUACCUGACCACCGAAUCUAACAGCACUGGAGCCAUCCGUGCAGCCUGACACACACGGACAUUUUGUUUCUCUCGUACCAGGAUACCGGAGAGGAAAGAAGACACCCCCCCUCCCCCUCCCCAUCCCCUCGCUCCGGACCGGCUGGAGAUCGCAGGUAAUUGUGGUGGAGCUCUCCGACCCGCAGCAUGGCGUGGCCCUGUAUCAGCAGGGCGUGCUGCAUGGCCCGCUUCUGGAACCAGCUGGACAAGGCCGACAUCGCGGUGCCUCUGGUCUUCACCAAGUACACGGACGUGUCGGAGAUGCAGCACAUCCAGCUGCAGCCGCCGCUCCACCCUCCGCAGGCCCGCGUCGCCAUAGAAACGCAGCCGUCUCGCGCAGAAGCCCGCGCCGACGCGGCGCCACGCGCGCCGCGGAGGUGCGUCUCCGAGGAGCGCGUGUGCGGCUCGGUGAUGCGCGAGGACUUCAAGCACUGGAACGUGCGCCCCGAGCCGAGCUGCAAGCCCAAGAACCAGUACCACGGGCCGGAGACGCCGUUCAACAGCAAGACCCAGUACCAGAAGGACUACAAGCCCUGGCCCAUCCCGAAGAGGCACGACCACCCCUGGAUAACCAAACCUGCCCCGAUCGCCUCCACCGGCGACGAGCGCGCGCCGGACAGGUCCAGGCACGCGAAGCAGCAUGUGGCGCCGGCAGAGAGUGGCGUGGAGAAGAGCGCCAUCGCCGACAAGGUGCAGGAGAAAGACCUCCUCCAGGGGCAGGAGAGGAAAAAGCGCGCCGGCAAGCAGCAGGCGGAGAAGAGCGGUGUGCCGAAGGUGGAAGGAGAGGGCAGGGGGAGGGCGGUGGAUGCUGUGAACAGGCAGAUCCGAGAGGAGAUCACAGCCGGCAGCAGCUCAUAUACAACUGAAUUCAAGGCUUACAGAGAUGUGAAGCCUGCCAAAAUGAUCCGGGCCAGGUCCCAGUACCUUCCCCCGGAUGAGAAGACCAGCCUGGAGACCAGCUACAGUGCCACCUUCAAGGGACAAGGCCCGCUGCAGCCAGCUAACAACAAGGCCCUGGAGAGGAGGAGGAUACGCAGUUUGUACAGUGAACCUUACAUAGAGCCCAUCAAACAGGUUGACAGAUAUAGUGCAACUCGCUCUAAACCCAAAAGGCCUGGAGCCACAGCGACAGGCCAGGGCAAACCUGUGAAGAAAGCCAAAGAUAAGCAGAGCGCCGGGCUGAGGGGCACCAAGAAGACGACCUCGGAGAACCAGCUGGAGAACCGGCCAGCGGUGGGGGACAAGGAGAAAAGUAAAGAGAUGAACAACAAACUGGCUGAGGCAAAAGAGGUUGUGCUAAAACAGUACCACUACAUACAACUCUGCCAGCCAAUCCGAGAUAUUGGCUGGGUGCAGACUCUAAAGCAACACCUGUGGGGCUGUGCACUCCCCAAUCCCAGAGGUGCUAAAGACGAGGUUCUCCGACCCAAUCAUCAUCAUUCCCAGGGUGCUGCUGGAGGAGAAGCCCCACCACCGCUGGAAAGGCCCGAGCCUCGGAGGAGCAGCGGCGUCGUACGCUUCGCCCUAGAUGCGAACGGGACUGAGUAGGUCUGCCUGCGAGGAUGGAGGCAGCUACACCUUUACACAGAGACUGCUGCUGCUCUGUUGUAUAUAUCUAGUAUUUAAAUUGGAUUAGGAAAAGAGAUGAAUCCUCCGCAAAUAAAACAGCCCAUAUAUUUGAAACAUGCAUGUUUGAAACAGCUUUUGGCUCAGAGGUCACAGCUUUUUGACCCAACUGGCAUUAUUGCAAAGGUGCUACAUUGUUUUCUGGUUUCAUGCAGUUUAUUUUAAAAGGCAUUGUCAACACUGUUAGAACUACUUCGCCAUAAAGUGCUUAUAUAUAUAUAUAACAACUAUAAAACAAACUGUACUGUACAUCGACUGGUUUUAGUGUAAAUAAAUGAGCAUAACUUGCA